AUGGGACAGUGCACCAGCACCAGCACCAGCAAGAAGAGCGAGAAGUAUCGCCCACUGGGUGAAGUCUUUCGUGCUAAGGUCUUGCCGGUUCACGGAGAUGUCGAACUACCAGGUUCCGGGAUCAACGUGGGCCUUUGCGUCUCUGGCGGUGGCUGCCGUGCCAUGUCUUUCUCGACGGGAGUCUAUCGGGCCCUGAACGAGCUGGAGGUUUUGGGAAAGCUGGAUGCCAUCAGCUCUGUGUCCGGCGGAACAUGGUGUUCCUCCAUUCUGAUGUUCGCCAAAGAGUUCAAGGGAACCCCCAUUGAUACAGCAGAGCUGCUGGGGAAGCUGACCAUACCUGCAGACUUGACCAUGGAGGCACUGAAGGAGGAGGUCCCACUCCUGUCAGGAGUUGUAAAGGGCGACUCCAGUACCAUUCUCAAGGCGCUCUUGGAGGAACACAAGGGGCGGGAGUAUGAGGUGUGGCCGAAGUUGAUGUCGGAAUGGUUGCUGCGGAACUUUGACGGCCUCGACAGCCUGGAGGCUUACAUGGCCUUAGAGGAAGAUCUGAAACGCAUCAGGGAGGACAACCCUCAGCUGGAGAAGAAGCGAUUUCUCACCCCACGGACAGACAAGCCACGAACCUUCAUCAUGAAUGGCUGCUCUUUGGCACCUCUGAAGUACGAGGCUUCCAAUGACAACGUCGUGUCUUUUCAGAUGUGUCCGGACUUCACCGGCAGCCCCUUCUAUCCGCAGAACCAGCAGGUGAAGUACAGCAUGGCGCCCAUGUUGCCCUGCAAGGACUUCGGGCUGUCGGGCCUUCGGAGUAUGAAUCGAACCAUGGGUGGGGGCUUUACCGAGACCUUUGCCUUCGGUGGUGCAGCUCCGAAGGAGCAGUCUGGUGGCCAGAAGUGCGUCUUGAAAGAGCCCAGCAGCCCCUUUGCCCUGCCCUAUGCCGUCGGCAUCAGCAGCUGGGCAGCCGGAGGCGCCUUGAACCAGGUGCGGAUUUUGGGAAACGUGCUGAACAUUCGCAGGGACUAUUGGCCCGUCACUUCGGACCUUCUCCCCAAGAGGCAGCCGGCGAUCUCUUACCAGCUCGGGGACGGAGGAUCUCUGGACAAUGCUGGGCUCCUGGCGCUGCUUCAACGAGGAGCUCGGAAGGUCAUCUGGGUCUCCAAUUCCUGGACAUCCCUGAACCUUAGCUACGACUGGGACGGGGCCACACCGGAGACUUUCAACCCACAGGAGGCGGGAGUUGUAGACCAAGUUUUCUGCACCUUCGGGUACGACUCCAGCGCCGUUGGCUUCUUCUACGCCAACAACCAGGUCUUCGAGCGGUCUCAGUGUCUGGCCUUCUGUCGAGAGCUGAAGGACUUGAAGGUUUCGGGGAAGCCGGUGGUCGUCAAUAAGAAGCUCAGUGUUCUCCCCAACGCCUGGUGGGGCAUCAAGGGAUCCUACGAGGUGGAGCUCGUGCUCGUUUACUUGGAUCAGUGCCGCGACUUUGAGGCCCAGUUGCCAAGGGAGACGCAGGAGGAGAUUGCCAAGGGGGACCAGGGAGCCUUUGCCAACUUCCCCAUCUACCCGGUCACCCGUCAGAACGAGGACGACAUGAUCGGCGUGACUCCGCAACAGGCCCACCUUCUCGCGGCCCAGGCCGAGUACAGCGUCAGGGAAAACGAAGCCCUGCUUAGAAAGCUGCUGAGCUAG